CUUCGUUUUAAUUUGAAAUAGUAUAAGUAGGAGACAUAAAUUUAUAUUCUCGCGGCAUAACUCGAAGUUCCAAAAUAGAUCACGACCCGCGAAUUAGGUGUUUGACACAGUCUCCCGGGUUUUUGCAUUCGAGUAAGUCGUUUUCAUCAUUUUUUUCUAGACUUGCGGUAAAUACUUCCUCAGCCAUGAGCGGUCCGUUCAAAAGGAGGUCUUCCAUCAAGACCCUUCCAGCCAUGAGCAUGCCUCCAGAUGCCAUGAGGAGAGCGUCAAUUCGAAGAGCUUCCGCAGCAGCGGGGCAACAACCAGUUGGGAAAGCAGCUGGACAACAGGAAGUCCCGUGGGACAUUCUCGACAGGUGUCUGCUGCCUAUUAUGUUCUGCCAUGCGACGGCUGUGAUCGUCAGUAACGCGUUAAACGUGUUGCAUAUAUGGGAUGUAACCACAUUCACGUUAUUUAUAUGGUUUACUAUUGUUACGAUAGGAGCUGUGCUGUUCUAUCAUAACCUUAAGGUGACAGCAGCAGGCAAGGCCGUCCUGAUCACGGGAUGCGAUUCCCGCGUCGGCAGCGCCCUCGCGCGGCAGCUGGACGAACAGGGUUUCACCGUUUUCGCAGGAUUCCAAAGUACGACCGAUAAUCCUGCGGCGGAAGAAUUGAAAGAGGUCUGUUCGGGGAGAUUGCACGUUUUGCAGUUGGACGUGGCGUCGGAAAAUCAGAUAUUGGCGGCGUCGCUGUACGCCGUCGAGCAUCUACCAGAUGGCGCGCCCGGUCUGUGGGCCGUCGUCCACGCACAGUCAUGGGUGGCGUUGGGGGAGAUCGAGUGGAUUCCGCCCCAAGUUAUUAAAAAAGCAACAGACAUUAACUUCAUUGGCCCCACCAGAGUCACUCAGAUCAUGUUGCCUCUAGUACGACGAGCCAAAGGUCGUAUCGUAAUAGUGACGUCUGGCCUUUGUCGUGUAUCUUCGCCAGUCAGAGGCAUCCAUUGUGGUCUUCUGGCCGCCAUGGAAUCGCAAGCCGAAUGUUUGAGAAAAGAGCUAAGGAGUAGAGGUGUUGACGUAGUUGUCGUUGCACCUGGAGAAUUAACCGCUGGAUCGUCAUGGUUAUCAGACCAACAUGUCAUAGACCAAGCCAAAGAAAUGUGGAAACAACUGGGGCAAGAACAAAAAGGGGAAUAUAAAGAAAAUUAUUUUGAAAAUGCUCUCAGAAGUUUGGAGAAAUAUACCAAAAAUCAAGAAGUCGACUUGUUCCCGGUUCUUCGAGCUCUCAACGAUGCAGUCAUUCGUACGUUCCCACUGAAAAAAUAUACACCAGUUUCGCGCAGAGAAAAGAUCCAAGUCUUUAUAGCAGAAUAUUUGCCACGCUCCGUCUACGAUGUCAUCUAUUCUUAGAAAUGUUGUAGGUAUACGUACAGUACA